UCGAGUUUGACGUAAGUGAAGGCUCGGUGCGGCGUGUAUUGUGCUCCGCCGUGACCAUGGCCAGCGUACACGAGAGCCUUUACUUUAACCCCAUGAUGACUAACGGGGUGGUCCAUGCCAACGUGUUCGGCAUCAAGGAUUGGGUCACUCCGUACAAGAUCUCCGUGCUGGUGCUGCUCAGUGAGAUGACCAAAAACACCAAGAUGAGUCUGGUGGACAAGAGGCGCCUGAAUAAACAGAUCCUGCCAUUGCUCCAGGGACCAGAUAUGUCACUUGCAAAGCUGAUCAAAAUUAUAGACGAAGGCUGUCCAAAUGUUGCAAGUUCGCUGCAAAUAAGGAUAAAGCUGAUGGCUGAAGGAGAGCUAAAGGACAUGGAGCUCUUUUUCGAUGAUCUUGCGGAUUCCUUCACAGGACCAGAGCCUGAAGUACACAAAACAAGUGUUGUUGGGCUGUUCAUCCGACAUAUGAUCUUGGCAUACAACAAACUUUCAUUUAGCCAGGUGUACAAGCUGUAUACAUCACUGCAAAAUUAUUACCAGUGUGAAAAGAAAAAAACAGUCUCCAAGGCUGACAGUGACGAAGCAGAGAUGGAGCUGACCAAUUCUGAAGAUGAUGAUGAAGAAGAAGAAGGCAAGAUGGAGAAAGAGGAUCUAGAAUUUCCCAUUGGGGAAGAAGAGUUGGCUUGCAACGGACCUCUAUCCCAGAAACAAGCAGAAUAUUUCCUCUCUCAGCAGGCUUCUUUAUUGAAGAAUGAUGAGAGCAAAGCCUUCACACCUGUCUUGCUGCAAAAAGAGUUGAACAAUCUAUUGAAGUUUAAUCCAGAUUUUGCUGAAGCUCAUUAUCUAAGCUAUUUAAACAGCUUGCGAGUCCAGGACGUGUUCAGCUCAACACACAGCCUCCUGCAUUACUUUGACCGCCUGAUUCUCACGGGUGCAGAAAGUAAAAGUAAUGGGGACGAGGGAUAUGGAAGGAGCCUUCGAUAUGCUGCUCUUAAUCUGGCUGCCCUGCAUUGCCGUUUUGGACACUAUCACCAAGCCGAACUAGCACUGCAGGAAGCCAUCAGAAUUGCGCAAGAAGCGAGUGACCACGUGUGCUUACAGCACUGCCUGAGUUGGCUCUAUAUCCUGAAGCAGAGGAAAGGAGCGGACAGCAGUGUGUUUCUUGAACACUCUGUGAAGCGAGCCAUACAUUUUAACCUACCAUAUUUAGUUUCCCUUGGUAUCCAGUCUUUAGUUCAGCAGAGAGCUUUUGCAGGGAAGAAUACGAACAGAUUGAUGGAAGCACUAAAGGAUUCAGACCUCCUACACUGGAAGCACAGUCUGUCUGAACUAAUUGAUAUCAGCACGGCUCAAAAGACCGCCAUAUGGAGGAUGUAUGGCCAGAGCACCAUGGCUUUGCAGCAGGCACAGAUGCUUCUUAGUAUGAAUAGCCUCGAUACUGUAAACGUUGGUGUACAGCAAAACAACACCGAGUCCUUUGCUGUGGUUUUAUGCCAUCUUGCAGAGCUGCAUGCAGAGCAGGGUUAUUUUUCUUCUGCCUCUGAGAUCUUGAAACAUUUAAAAGACAGAUUCCCACCCAACAGUCAACAUGCAAAGCUUUGGAUGCUUUUUGACCAAAAAAUCCAGUUUGACCGUGCCAUGAAUGAUGGGAAAUAUCAUAUUGCCGAAUCCCUAGUAACUGGAAUUACGGCGCUCAACAGUGUGGAGGGACUGUACAGGAAAGCAACCGUUUUAAAAUCCCAAAACCAAACGGUAGAGGCCCAUAAAAUUCUGCAAGUGUUACUGACGCACUGCCAGAAAGUAAAGAACACCGAGAUGGUGAUACGGGUCCUUUUGUGCUUAGCAGAGCUUUACUGGAGAUCUUCCUGUCAUUCGGUGGCACUGCCUGUACUACUACAAGCUCUGGCUUUGUCCAGGGAGUACCAGCUACAAUACAUGGCAUCUGAAACUAUGCUAAACUUGGCUUUCUCACAGCUCAUGCUUGGCAUCCCAGCGCAAGCUUUAAAUAUCCUGCACAUGGCAAUAGAACCAAUUCUGGCUCACGGUGCUGUGCUGGACAAGGGGAGAGCCAUGCUUCUAGUGGCAAAAUGCCAAGUGGCUUCAGCAGUGUCUUACAUUCCUCAGAAGAAGACAGAAGCUCUGGAAUCCGCCAUUCUAAACCUUAAUGAAGCCAAAAACUACUUUGCUAUGGUGGACUGCAAAGAACAGAUCAGGGACAUCCUCUACCUACAAGCCAGGCUAUUCAACAGCUUGGGAAACAUCCAGGAAAGGAACAAAUGUGCCAUGCUUUUCCGACAGCUGCAUCAGGAGCUUCCUUCUCACGGAGUCUCCUUAAUACGUCUGUGAGAGUUCAAAGACAAAAUUAGUUUUUGGAUGCUGUUUUGAUUGCCAUGGGGAACACACAGUUAAUCAUAUAAAAGUUUUAAGCCACUUCAAGUGUGACUGCAGUUCAGCUUUAAUGAGAUUCCAGGAAUGUAGAAUGCUGGGCUGAAAUUUUAUGUUAUACUAUUGAAUUUUACAAGUGCGAGAAUACAAAUUAACACUGUCUGCUAUCAAAUAUACUUUGUUUCCCCAAUAGACUCUUUCGUGGCCAUUUCUUUUCGGUUUACCAUUUGUUCUAGCAGACAUGACAUUCCAGGCCUUGUGUUUAGUGGCAUGAAAACUGAACCCAAAUCUGCCAUUGAAUUCUACUUUAGAACAUUUGGUACACCUUACCGUGAGCAUAUGUUUAGCAGGCCAUAUGCACAGUGUGUCUUAAAAGGUUAAAGGGACACUGUAGACACACAGACCACUGCAUCUCAAUGAAGUGGUCUGGAAGCCAUGUCCCUGCAGAACAGCAGCUUUUACAUUGUGCAGUUUAAAUGCC